AUGUUUGAGACUGAUGAUUAUCAUAUCAAGCGACCUGGGGACCCUCCGUCAAAUGGCCACCCCAAAAAACAUAAAUGCGAAGACACAUCCAUGGAUGAUGUCGAUUCGGUUUUGGGUUCUGAGCUAGGGGACUUUGUGAAGGCAGAUCAUUCUAGAUGGCAGCAUAUCGUUGAAAAAGUGGUCAAAUCUGUGGUGUCUAUCCACUUCGCUCAAGUGGUCAACUUUGAUACAGAGAGCUCUCUUUGUAGUGAAGCUACAGGAUUUGUUGUGGACGCGAAACUUGGAAUUAUACUGACUAAUAGGCAUGUUGUUGGGCCAGGGCCGUUUAUCGGAUAUGCCGUGUUUGAUAACCAUGAAGAAUGCGAGGUUAAACCUAUCUACAGGGAUCCGGUGCACGAUUUCGGAUUUCUUAGAUAUAAUCCAGCAGAUAUCAAAUACAUGGAUGUUGGUGAACUACAAUUGAGGCCAGAUCUUGCCAAGAUCGGAGCAGAAAUAAUGGUCAUAGGUAACGAUUCGGGUGAGAAACUUUCUAUUCUUUCUGGUUUUAUCUCGAGACUCGACAGAAACGCUCCAGACUAUGGAAUCAACUCAUACAAUGACUUCAACACAGAAUAUUUGCAGGCAGCAGCUUCAGCUUCGGGAGGGUCCUCGGGUUCUCCUGUUGUCAAUAUAGAUGGCCACGCCGUGGCAUUACAAGCAGGAGGUAAUACGGAAACUUCCACAGACUUUUUCUUGCCUGUGUAUCGAGUUCUCCGUGCUCUUAAAUGCAUUCAGAACAAUGAGCCUAUUACAAGAGGAAGUAUUCAAGUGCAAUGGCUAUUAGAACCAUUUGAUAAAUGUCGCCGUCUGGGACUUCGCGCAGAGACAGAGAAACUGAUGAGAGAAAAGUUUCCGAGCCUUAACGGUCUUCUGGUCUCCGCUGUCACGUUACCUGAAGGCCCCGCCGACGGGCUAAUCAGAGAAGGUGACUGUUUGAUCUCCAUCAAUGGAGAACUGAUAUCCACAUUUAUUACAGUGGAUGAGAUUUUGGACACUCAUGUCGAUAAAGAGAUAGAGAUAGUCAUUCAGAGAGGAGGCAAAGAUUUAACGGUCCGCUGUACUGUUGGAGAUCUCCACGCGAUUACACCUAGACGAUACGUCAAUGUUUGCGGUGCAACUUUCAAUGAUUUGAGUUACCAACUCGCUAGAAUUUAUGCGGUGGCAGUGAAAGGUGUUCACGUGAGCAAUGCCGCUGGCUCUUUCGUGUUUGGAAACAACGUUCCUAAUGGAUGGCUUUUAGACUCGAUUGACGAUAAAGAUGUGUCCAAUCUCGACGAGUUCAUCGAGGUCAUGAAAUCUAUUCCAGACUCUGCUUUCGUAACCGUCAAGUGUCGCCACCUUACGGACCUUCAUGUCCCAAUUAUCAAAAUCAUCCAAAUCGAUCGUCACUGGCACUCUAGUUUCCGUUUGGCAGAAAGAAACGACGCAACUGGUCUUUGGGAUUUCACACCUUUGCAAGAGAAACCAUUACCACCACCAGCUCUGACCCCGAAAAACGCUAAAUUUGUGGGGCUUCCGAUUGAAUUUGAUGGCUGCAAGCAACUUGAUCGUUCUCUGGUGAUGUUGAAGAGCACCAUGCCUGUCCCCCUUGAUUCGUUUAGUGGGCAGUCGCGCAAAUCGUACGCAGUUGUGAUUGAUGCUACCAAUGGAUAUCUGCUCGCCUCAAGAUACUGUGUGCCUCAUGACCUAUUGGAUGUUACUAUGACCGUCGCAGAAUCCAUCAUAGUACCAGCUAAGGUUGUCUUCUUACAUCCAACCAAGGGAUAUGCCAUCUUGAAGUACGAUCCCAGAUUAAUCUUGGCUCCCUUGCAAACUCCUCAGUUUGGCGAUAAGCCUUUGGGAAGAGGUGACAAGGUGGUGUUUAUUGGUCACAACAGAGCCCAAAGAGUCGUUGUCGACGAGACAAAAGUUAGUGACAUUGGAAUCAUACAUCUUCCAAAUAAUGUUACUUCACCAAGAUUCAAGGCUUCCAACUUCGAGGCCUUAUUGAUCGAUUCCAAUUUAGGCCAGCAAUGUGGCUCUGGAGUUCUCUGCGACUCCAGUGGGCUUGUCCGCGCGUUUUGGCUCGCCUUCGACGCCGACGAGGACAAGACCUAUUCCAUGGGGCUGGACGCUACAGAUGUGCUGUGGGAACUCGAGAAUCUCAAAACUCAGCAGGUUCCGGAGCUCAAAUUCAUUGAUGUCGAGUUUGGGAACAUCCCGAUCGUUAAUGCUAGAAUCAGUGGUGUUCCGCAGGAAUGGAUCACAAAGAUUGAGGAAAGGUCUGCAGAUCAGCCCAGACUGCUCAGCGUUCCAAAGGUGAGCAUUUCACUCGACAACAAGCCUUCUUGUGGCUUGAAGCAUGGAGAUAUUGUGCUGAGUGCAAAUAAUCGGGUCAUCACACAAUUUCGUGAUAUCGACCAUGUUAUCAGAGACCUCGGCGAGAAUGAAAAUGAGGUCUUAUUCAAAAUUGUCAGAAACAAACAAAUCAUGGACAUUAAUGUUCCACUUGUUUCCAGCAGCUCCUUUGUCACCAAGCAUAUGGUCUAUUGGGCCGGUGCCGUGUUGCAAGAGCCUCAUCAUGGUGUUAGACAAGUGAUCAAACAACUACCAUCCAAGGUCUACUGUACGGCCAUGGCACCAGGAUCUCCCUCUAGAUUAUACACUAUUGGCGUUACCAAUUUCAUCACGCAUGUGAAUGAAAAGCCAACGCCAACCCUGGACGAGUUCGUCAAGGUCGUGAAAGAAAUUAAAGAUAAUUCAUACUGCAAGUUGAGAAUCGUGUCAUUUGAUAACGUGCCAUUUGCACAGACGCUGAAAGUCAACUACCACUACUUUGAGACGAUGGAGAUGAAAAAUGAGGAGGGGUGGCGUGAAUACGGAGAGUUGGACUCCUCCUCUUUGCAUGCAUAG